AUGUCUUUUUUUUCGUCAUUUAUAGUUCAAAAAACGUGGAUAGAUAGAGGAGAUUUCUUUUUAUCUUUAAAUCAUGAAAAAUGCUUCAACUCAUGUUAUGAAAAUGACAAAAAAUGGUUAAAAAAUUGUUCUUUAAAGAAUAGAGACAAAGAUUCUUGUUUGACUACAUAUUUUUCAUCAAAUCACUUUUUCAGGGGAAAAGUAGGAAUAAGAAAUAGCUUUUUUAAAACAGUACACUCUCCACAUGGUUCUAGAGCGUUUUUUCAUAUUAAAAGUCGAAAUAUAUUAACUCGUCAUUCAGACCAGUCUAUAUAUAGUUUUUCAUUAAAAUCGAUUCCUAAUAAUAGAGGGUAUUAUUCUAAAGAAGAGGCGUUAUUAUUAAAUACAUCUGGGUUUUUUGGACGUUUAAAAAUUCAUAUGAAAUAUUGUUUAAUGAAACAAAUACGGCCGUUUAAUAUUGAUGAUAUAAGUGCAAUGUUUACAUGGCUCAUUGCAUGUAACAUUCUUUGGAUUAUUGUUGGAACAACUACUUUUUUUUCUUUAGUUUUAGCAGCAAUUAAUAGCGUUUCUGCACAAGAAUAUUUAGCUACUAAAAUAGGAAAAUAUCUUACAAAGGAGACUGGUAUUACUGUAACCUUUGAAUCCGCUAUUGUUCCAAAAUGGAGAGAUGGGACCAUUUCAUUUAAAAAUGUUUAUAUUUCUAGAUCUUCAUAUAAUCAAAAUAUAAAAAAUAAUGUUAGAAAAGGGACGAUUUCGAAAGCACCCAGAGUAAUUGCAAAGGAGGACAUAAACAUUGAGAAUUCGUGUUCUGAAGAAAAUUCAAAUUAUGUACUUUUUGAUUUAACAGUUGAAGACAUUAGUGUAGUCUUUUCUUUUGUUAAAUGGUUUAAUGGAACUGGUAUUAUUAAGGAUAUAGAUAUAAAAGGCGUUAGAGGGGUUAUAGAUGCUUCUAAAGUUUAUACAGAUGAAGAAAAUUUUCCUUAUGAUCCAAAAUUGUUUCGAGGAAAUCAUCAAUUAGGUGAUUUUGAAAUCGAAAAUUUUCGACUUAAAAAUGUUUUAGUAACUAUACAUCAGUCUAGAAAAUUUCGUCCAUUUAAUGUUAGCAUUUAUAAUUGUGAACUUCCAAAACUUAGGAAACAAUGGUUGUUAUAUGAUAUUCUAAAUGCAAAUACAAUUUCGGGUUCAUAUGAUAAUUCUCUUUUUACAUUGCAUCCAUGUCAAACGGUUUCUCAUGAAUUGACUAAAAAUGGUGAAAUGUUCAAAAGAACACGUCUUCGAGUAGACAAUGUUAACAUAGAUCAUUUAAAUGAAGGUGUUGAUGGUCCUUUUGGCUGGAUUACUCGUGGAUACGUUGAUUUUAUUUUAGAUUUUGUAUUCCCUAAUGGAACUAAGAAUGAUGAUUUCAAAAAAGUUAUGCACAAUAUUGUUGGUAGUAUUGAAGCCACACUUAUACAGCAAGAAAACCAAGAGAAAAAAAGAUCAUUUAUAUCAUUGAAUUUAGUAAAUGGUAUAAUUCCUGAACUAUUAAGAAAACUCACUCAGUAUAAAAAUUAUCAUGAUUUACAAAUAACAAGUACUGAAGAAAUGACUAUUGAUAUUAAAAUGAUAUUGCAUGGAGUUAAAGCAAAUGUUCCAUUAUUCGCAAAAGAAUUGUCAUAUGUUAGUAAUGCAUUUAUUCGCCCAAUCGUGGCGUAUAUUAAUUCACAUCAUGCUUGUAUACCUAUUACUUGUAAAGUUAUUAAAAAUUUGGAUGAUUUUAAUGGUAGUUGGACUAUUUAUGAUAGUGGGUUAAUGAAUGAUCUUUCAAAAGAGAUUUACGAAGCAUUUGCGAAAAUGGUAGUUGAUCAAGAUAUUAAACGGCAUUGUAUACGAACUGUAUCUGCAUGGUCCCUUGAAAUGGCUGUUCACGCCAUUCUCUCAAGCUUGAAAGGCAUUAUUUCAUCCUUCUAG